UAAUUGGGUAACGUAUUGGAUUCUUUAACAGUCUGAAUUAAAUUCUCAUCUUCUUGAUUGAUGUUGAGUAUUAUAGGUGCUUAUCUUUGACUUGUUCUGGGCCAAAAGAUAACAGGAACAUGAAAAUUACAAUGUUACUAUGUGAGAUUAAAUGUUGAUUGGACAUCUUCGUUGAAAAUACACAAAGUAUUGAGCUUUUUUUUUUUUAUUGGCUUACUUUCUAUUGUUUGUUUUCUUAAAAGUCAUGUUGAAAAUUCUGAUUGAUUCAUAUUCUCAUCAUUUGACUGAUCGCAGAGUGUAGAUUUGUUUUUGUGACUUAGGUUCUUGUUAACUUAAGAAUAGUUUUUUCUUCUUAGAUUAGUCCAAAGAAGAUAUAGUUCUUGGAGAGACAAAAAAAAACACUUGGGGAGAAGAGGAUCAUGUUCUUCUUUGCUUGUUUGUUCUUGUUCACCAGACUUUUAAAUUUUAGCUAUGCAGGGAUUACGAACGAGAGUCCUUUGUCAAUAGGACAAACUCUCAGCUCCUCUAAUGGAGUUUAUGUACGUUUAUGUACCUUUUCACAGGUUCUGGAGCUGGGCAAGGACACGUUAACAACACAUCAUUUUAAGCACAGGUCAAGCUGAAAAAAUCUCAUCUUUUGUAUUGAUGCAGAAUAUAGAUGCCUACCUUUGACUGGUUCUUGGUGAAAAUGACAAUUCUUUUAAGUGUUAAAUAUUCAACGUUGGUAUGUGAGGCCAAGAAAAAAGUUUGGACUUUUAUUUUUCAUUAUUGUCAACAAGAAGGUUUGACUUCUACGUGAUAAUUACACAAGUAUCGAAAUUUGUUAUGUAUUACUAAGUUUUCUGGAACAUCAAUGCAGUCUGGUCAACAUUGUCUAUAGGUUGCUUGAGAAUAGUUUAACAAGUCUCGUGUUCACAUGUUCGUUCCUUAAAUUGAUUGCAAGAAAAUAUUUCUUGUGGAUACAAACACAUAUGGGGGCUAAGAAGAUCAUGUUCUUUGUUUCUAUGCUCUUGUUUACAAUCUUUUUAAGUUUUAGCUAUGCAGAGAUAACCAAAGAGAGUCCUUUGUCAAUAGGACAAACUCUCAGCUCCCCUAAUGGAGUCUAUGAAUUGGGGUUCUUCAGUCCUAAUGACUCUCAGAAUCAGUUUGUUGGCAUCUGGUUCAAGGGCAUCACUCCCCAAGUGGUUGUGUGGGUGGCUAAUAGAGAAAAGCCUGUUACAGACUCCACUGCAAAUCUCUCUGUCAGCAGCAAUGGAAGUCUUCUCUUACUUAGCGGCAAACAUGGCGUUGUGUGGUCCAUGGGAGAAAUUUCUGCAACUAAUGGGUCUCGUGCCGAGCUUACAGACAACGGAAACCUAGUUGUCAUAGACAAUGUUUCUGGAAGAACUCUAUGGGGAAGCUUUGAGCAUCUUGGUGAUACUAUGCUCCCUUUCUCAACCUUGAUGUAUAAUCUCACCACAGGUGAGAAACGGGUAUUAACUUCUUGGAAAAGUGACAACGAUCCUUCGCCUGGUGAAUUUAUGGUUCAGAUUACAACGCAAGUACCAUCACAAGUGUUUAUUAUGAGAGGCUCAAAUCCUUAUUGGAGAAGCGGUCCAUGGGCUAAAACAAGGUUCACCGGGAUACCGCUAAUGGAUAAUUCAUAUACAAGUCCAUUCGCCGUUCAGCAGGAUACAAACGGGUCUGCAUCCUUCACUUAUUUAGAAACAAACUCCAGACGUUCACGAAUAAUGAUAACAACAGAGGGCGUACUGAAGAUUUAUCAGCAGAGUGAGACUAACUGGGAGUUAGAUUUUGAGGCUCCAGACGAUCAUUGUGAAAGGUACGGUGUGUGUGGACCUUUUGGUUUUUGUGUUGAGUCAGUACCUCCGAAGUGUAAAUGCUUCAAAGGGUUUGUACCAAAAUCCUCUGAGGAGUGGAAAAGAGGAAAUUGGACUAAUGGUUGUAAGAGGCGUACGGAACUACAUUGUCAAGGAAACUCUACCGGCAAAGAUUCAAACGGUUUCCAUACUGUUCCCAACAUAAAGCUUCCAGACUUAUAUGAAUUUGAAACUUUUUUGGACGCUGAAGAAUGCCACCAAAGUUGCCUCCAGAAUUGUUCUUGCUUGGCUUUUGCUUAUAUCAAUGGAAUAGGGUGCUUAAUGUGGAACCAAGACCUAAUAGACACUGUGCAGUUAUCUCCAGGAGGAGAAAUUCUUUCCAUUCGUCUUGCACGUUCUGAACUAGAUGGGAAUGAGCGUAACAAGAUCAUUACUGCUAGUAUUGUGAGCCUUUCUCUUUUUGUGAUAAUGACUUCUGCUGCGUUUGGUUUCUGGAGAUACAGAGUGAAACAUAAUGUUAAUAUAACAAAGGAUUCUGCUUCCCAAGAUACAUGGAGGAAUGAUCUGAAACCACAAGAUGUCCCAGGUUUAAAUUUCUUUGAGAUAAAUACCAUUCAAACUGCCACCAAUGAUUUCAGUCUCACAAAUAAACUCGGACAAGGUGGAUUCGGCCCAGUUUAUAAGGGAAAGCUGCAAGAUGGGAAAGAAAUUGCUGUAAAACGGCUUUCUAGCAGCUCGGGGCAGGGGAAAGAAGAGUUCAUGAAUGAAAUAGUACUCAUCUCAAAACUUCAACAUAAAAACUUAGCUCGGAUUUUGGGAUGUUGCAUUGAAGGAGAAGAGAAGCUAUUAAUUUAUGAGUUUAUGUUGAACAAAAGCCUUGAUACUUUUCUCUUUGAUUCAAGAAAAAAGCUUGAGAUUGACUGGCCAAAGAGAUUUGAUAUCAUUCAAGGCAUUGCGCGUGGAAUUCACUAUCUCCAUCGUGACUCACACCUCAAGGUAAUUCACCGAGAUCUGAAGGUUAGCAAUAUUCUUCUUGACGAGAAGAUGAAUCCAAAGAUAUCAGAUUUUGGAUUGGCUCGGAUGUAUCAGGGAACUGAAUAUCAGGACAAUACUCGCAGGGUUGUAGGAACUCUAGGAUAUAUGGCUCCAGAGUAUGCAUGGACUGGGAUGUUCUCUGAGAAGUCUGACAUCUACAGCUUCGGAGUUUUGCUAUUAGAAAUCAUCAGCGGAGAGAAGAUCUCAAGGUUCAGCUAUGGUGAAGAAGGAAAAAAUCUUAUUGCAUAUGCGUGGGAAUCUUGGUAUGAAACUGGAGGAGUGGAUCUUCUUGAUCAAGCACUUGCUCAUUCAUGUCACCCCGUAGAAGUUGAGAGAUGUGUUCAGAUAGGAUUACUCUGUGUCCAACACCAAACUGCAGACAGACCAAACACACUUGAGUUGCUGUCUAUGCUCACCACAACAUCAGAUCUUCCACCACCAAAACAACCCACAUUUGUAGUGAACACAAUGGAUGAAGAAUCACCAUCUAAGAGGUUGAUCACUGUCAAUGAGAUGACACAGUCUGUAAUCCUAGGGCGAUGAGAAAUCACCUUUCAGGCUUUUUUGUAAAAGACUAUUUCAUUAAGUAAAUAGAGAAAAUUACUAUGGCUAA